CCUCUGACUGGGGAGGGCUCCAGUGGGAGCCCGGGAAACCACAAACCCUCUGCCCUCUCUCUCUCUGCAACAGCUCGGUGCUUCAGAUCCCAGUGCAGGUGGGGGCAGGGCGCUGGUUAGCUAGGUGCUUAGUUCAGGCUUCUUGCUCCUGGACUCGGAUUUCUGCCGACAGCCCCAAUCCAGCUGGUAGGACUGGAUCUGGGGUGUGGACCAGGGGUGGACCGCUGCCCAGACCUCCCUCUCGGGCCUGCUGCAAGGGGUACGGGGACCCUGCUGGGCGCAGGUGAGGCUAACAGCUGGGGGAGCUGCCCUGGCACCUCAGUUCCUGGCUGGGAAAGGCAAGUCCGACCAGUGGGGGCAGGGCCAGGGCUCCUGGAAUCUGGAUCUGCAUGCUGAGUUGGAGGCACUCCACCCCCAUGUCACCUGGAGAAAAACUGGACCCACUUCCUGACCCCUUCAUCCUGCAGCCGCCAGUCUUCCACCCGGUGCUUCCUUAUGUCACGACAAUUUUCGGUGGCCUGCGUGCAGGCAAGAUGGUCAUGCUACAGGGAGCGGUCCCUCUAGAGGCACGCAGGUUCCAGGUGGACUUUCAGUGCGGCUGCAGCCUGCAUCCCCGGCCGGAUAUCGCCAUCCACUUCAACCCUCGCUUCCACACCACCAAGCCCCACGUCAUCUGCAACACCCUGCACUUGGAGCGCUGGCAAGCCGAGGCCCGGUGGCCCCACCUGCCCCUGCAGAGAGGAGCCUACUUCCUCAUCCUCUUUCUCUUUGGAAAUGAGGAAAUGAAGGUGAGUGUGAACGGACAACACUUUCUUCAUUACUGCUACCGGCUCCCACUGUCCCGUGUGGACACCCUGGCCAUAUUUGGCGACAUCCUGGUGGAGGCCGUUGGAUUCCUGAACAUCAACCCAUUUGCGGAGGGCAGCAGCGAGUAUCCGGCUGGAUACCCUUUCCUGCUGAAGAGCCCCAGCCUGGAGGUGCCCUGCUCGCGUGCCCUUCCCCGGGGUCUCUGGCCCGGACAGGUCAUCGUACUGCGGGGGCUGGUCUUGCCGGAGCCAAAGGACUUCACACUGAGCCUGCGGGACGAGGCUGCCCACGUGCCUGUGACGCUCAGGGCUUCCUUCGCAGACCGGACUCUGGCCUGGAUCUCGCCCUGGGGGGGCAAGAAGCUGAUCUCGGCCCCCUUCCUCUUCUACCCGCAGCGAUUCUUCGAGGUGCUGCUCCUGUGCCAGGAGGGCGGGCUGAAGCUGGCGCUCAACGGGCUGGGCCUGGGAGCCACCAGCCUGCGCCAGCAGGCCCUGGAGCGGCUGCGGGAGCUCCGGAUCAGUGGCAGCAUCCAGCUCUACUGUGUCCACUACUGAGAAGUGAGCCGGCGACCCCGCCAGGGAAGGGAAGGGCCCGCCCAUGGCCGGUGCCCCUCGGUGGGGCUCCACUCUCCUCCCUGCUUGAACCGCGUGCCGCCACCUGAGUCUGCAGGGCCUUCGGGCCCCACAGCAGAGGGAAGGCACCGGAGCGAGAAGGCUCCCCAAACUCCAUGGCUCCCUCCACCAGGAGCCUGGGACUUGGCUCCCUCCUCCGGCAGGGCCCAGACAGGGGGCAGGUAGAGCAGCCUAACAAGGACACUCGAAGGUCCAGUGGCUGAGGGGUGCCUGGGGGGCUCCUUUGGUUAAGCA